AUUAUCGUCUAUAGUAAUGUCUAUUUUCUCAAUUUGGUUUUUUAAAUAUAGUUUAGAACUUUAUCGUUAGAUAGCGCUGGCAGAACGCUAAAAGUUUUGCCAGUGUUUUGUUGAUUCACAAUAAGUUAGCGAAUACUUUGCAAAGACAAUUUUAUAAGUUAUGUGCAUUUAGUAAAUAAAAUUUAAGAGGUAUAUUGUUGGUGAUGAUUGUUAUGGAUUCUAAAUAAACAUGGUUAUGUUUAAAUUUUAUACUACCAAAAAUGAAAGAAAAAUUUGAAUGUGAUGAUAAUUAAAAACAGUACAAUAACUAAAGAAUCUGCCUUUUUUCUGUGAUACAUAUUGAUAUAUUGUUAAGUACCACUAAAAAUGAAUUUAGUAUUAAAAAUACUUUUGUCCUAUUGUUGGACAAAUAUGUAUUUAAUAACUGGAUUAAGUAUGGGUUUAAGUCUCAGCAUAAUAUUAAUACCGCUUGAUAUUAAUGAUCAUGAUAGUAAAACAGAGAAUUUAUUACAUUACUCGAACUAUCAAGACGAGUUGGAUGAAUAUGAACCAAAGAUAAACAUUAACAAUAAACCGCAACAAGCACAAAAAGUUUCUAAAACACUUAUACGUCCGAGGUAUUAUUCUACAGAACUUGGAAUUAGAGAAAAGCUCUUCAUAGGGGUGAUAACGAGCCAGCAGUAUUUGCACAGUAGAGACACAGCAAUUAAUAAAACAGUUGCUCAUAUUGUGGAUAAAAUACGUUACUUUAUUUCCAUACCAGAAGGGACAAAACCCAAUGUUAGUCUUCCUGGUAUUGUUGGAUUUACUGACACUAGAAGCAUUUUGAAACCAUUUCAUACUAUGAAGUAUAUAAUUGAUAAUUACUUAGAAAACUAUGAUUAUUAUCUUUUAAUUAAAGAUACAAGCUAUAUCAAUGUUAAACAAUUACAGAAUUUUGUUUCCAAGAUUAGUGUAAGUCAGAAUGUUCACGUGGGUGUUCCCAGUGACAUACCAACUUAUUGCUCUUUGGAUUCAGGAAUUCUCUUGAGUAAUUCAUUGAUACAAGAAUUAAAGAGCAAUUUAGAUUGGUGUGUGAAGAAUUCUUAUUCAGAUUCGGAUGACGUAAAUUUUGGACGAUGUAUCGUUCAUUCCACGUCAACGCCUUGUUCCAACAGCAUACAAGGACAACAAUUUUUAUACACAAAAUUGAAACCUACUUUUUUAUUUGAACGAAAUUUCAAGGAUUUGACUGAGAAUGAAGAAUUUUUACGUUCGCUUGUAAUAUAUCCGAUAUACGAUCAUCAUCUUAUCUAUAAAUUUAAUACCUACUUUGCAGCAACAAGGUCUGUGGAAAUUCAGGAGAAAAUUUCUAACAUACGAAAGGCCAUUUUAACUAUGGCACCUUUGGGACCACUGCAAAAUCAGAAUGUUUCUUGGCCUAUUGGUAAUCAGCCAGGAAACAAAGCUACUGGACGUUUCGAUAUUUUACGAUGGACAUAUUUCAAUGAAUCUCAUGCGUUUUUUAAUACUGAUUUCUCCAGUGUUCAGGAAUUAAAAACCGACGCAAAGUUUGAUAUAGAUCGAAUUAUAAAUAUUACGGCCUCUAGUAUUAUCGCUGGUUAUAAUGAAAAAUUGAAGUUUAAAAGAUUACUGAAUGGAUAUCAGAAGUUUGAUGCGUCUCGAGGAAUGGAUUAUAUAUUAGAUUUAGAAUUUAUUGAUACUGGUACUGGAAAAGAAUUGAUAAAAAGAGUCGAAGUGUGCAAGCCGCUUGGCAAAGUUGAAAUUCUACCUGUGCCAUAUGUAACAGAAAACACAAGGAUAAAUAUAAUAUUGACUGUGGAUUCAUCAAACAAACAUGCUGCAUUAAAGUUUUUAGAACAGUAUGCUUUAGACUGUAUGGAGAAAAAGUACAAAACUUUCCUGAUGGUGGUACUUCUAUACAAUUUUGAUUCUGCUUCAAAAGGUAAAGAAGAUACAUAUUAUGACAUUAAACGUUAUGCUUUGCUGUUGGCUGAAAAAUACAAGAAGCAUCAAUCCAAAAUUACUUGGCUAUCUGUACGUUUGCCUAAUAAUAUAGGAUCCAUAGAAUCUAAUCAAUUAUUAAAAAUCGCUAUCACAGAUUUAUGCGUCAGGAAAUUUUCACUCGAAAGUUUAAUACUUUUCGUUGAAAUGGAAAUACAGCUUCGACUGGAUUAUUUGAAUAGAGUCCGUAUGAAUACCAUCAGUCAGUAUCAAAUAUUUAGUCCAAUUCCGUUCAUGGAAUUCCAUCCUGAUAUAGCUCACAUGAACGACGUGAAACAAGACACAGAUAUUAAUCGAAAUCAUGGCAGAUACGAUGAAUACAAUUACAAUAACAUUGCAUUCUAUGCCAGGGACUAUAACGCAAUGCGAAAAACCGUUGAGACUAGUAUUCCAAUAAUACACUCUGAUCGAGACAUUGCGUCCUUAUUAAAGCUUUCACAGAAGAUACCCGUUACAUCUUUAUUCGAAAUGUUUGUUUCUUUUAGUAAUGUUCACGUAUUACGUGCAGUAGAGCCAGCUCUCAAAAUAAAAUAUAAAAAUAUUAAUUGUACUGAUACCACAAACAGUAUCUAUAAAACCUGUAGUCGGUCAAAAAAUCUUUAUUUAGGCCGACAUAGUCAACUUGCCAGAUUGAUAUUAGAUUAUCAGAAUUAUAAAAAUAGUUUAUUAGUAUAAAUUAUAUUUAUUACAAGAACUAUUAUCAAAUGUUGAAACAUAUAUUAUUGUCAAAUUGAAAAUAAUUAUAUAGUUUAUAUAGUACAAAAGUUAAAAUAAUUUUAGAUGAGAUUAUUAAAUGACAGCGUGAAGUUUUAUAUUUGACCAGAAAUUUGAUAUGAAAUGUUACCUCUUUUUAAUGCAUGUAUGUAAGAAAAUACAUAUUAUAAUGAAUACUUUAUUAAAUUUAUACAUUUCAUUUAAAUAAAUAUUUCGUAAGUAAUACAGUCAUUUAAUUAUUUUUCUUAACACAGCACAUAUAAUAUUCUGUAAUUUAUAAGGAAGCUGUGAAAAAUCAAUUGGUUGAUAUGGCAUUUAAAUAUUUUAAAGGUUUUAAAACUAUGAAGAAUCAAUUUAAAAUUAAAGCAUUUGCCACUUUCUUAGGAAGUAUGUAGAAGAUUUCGGCAAGAUUUCUACCUUUAAAAUAUAUAAGAAAAUAAAGAUCAUAUAAUUACACUAAAUAUUAGUCAGUAGUAACUGUACAAUCCCUAAUACCUUAUAAAUAAAUGUACAUACACUACA